GCGCAGAGAAGACGCCGCGGAAAAAGAUAGGAAGGAGGGAGAGGGGAAAACAGUUAGAAAAGAGAAGAAAUAACAACAUGGAGACAAACAGCGUGGUUAGUUCCUGUGUGAAACUGUCCGCUGGUGUUGGGCUGUAGCUCUCCUCCUUUGACGCACAGCUGCUCCGUUAUGUCGGACAAUCUGAGGAGAAAAACGUCAGGGAAUGGGGGAAAUCUUCAGAAAUCCUGCUGCUAAACUGCGCCGUGCUGUCUAAAUAUCUUCUAAACUGGGGAUGGUGCUGCUGUAAACGAGGAGCGCCCCAAAACUCGUCGUGAUCUCCAACCCAGGCCACGCUCAAAGUUUUUUUUUCUUCCAUUUUUGUCAGCUGAAGGGGAAAUUUUGCUGCAUUGAAUUCCUCUGGACGGGAUGUCAUCCGCAGUCAGGACGAAUUCCUCUGGCUGACUGAUCCUACAGUGUAGCAGGGCUCCAGAGAGAGAGAAGAUGGGAGAUGCGACAGAUGACAGAGGGAUGAGGAGGACCUUCAUCGUCCCUGCCAUCAAGAGCUUCGAUCACUACGACUUCACCAGGGCCAAGAUCUCCUGCAGCCUGACGUGGCUGGUGGCCAAGGCAUUCGGCUCGGACGCAGUCCCAGAGGACCUGGUGGAGCCUCUCUACAGGGACCAGUACAAGCAGGAGCACCUGAAGCCUCCGGUGGCCUGCCUGCUGCAGUCCGCUGAGCUCUACUGCCGGGCGGGGAGCCUGAUCCUCCGCAGUGAUGCGGUCAAACCGUUACUGGGACACAACGCUGUCAUCCAGGCCCUGGCUCAGAAAGGCCUGUACGUCACUGACCAGGACCGCCUGGUCACAGAGAGAGACCUGACCAGCACGCCCAUACACAUGAGUUCCCACCUGGCGCUCAUUGAUACCCUGAUGAUGGCGUACACUGUGGAGAUGGUGAGUGUGGAGAGGGUGAUGUCGUGCAUCAACAGGUACUCCUCCGCCGACCCCUCACACGGUGACGGACACAUUCAGGAGCUGCCGUAUGACACAGAGGAUGCUAUCGCCACAUGGAUCAACAAGGUGACUGAAUACUUAAGGGACAUACUUGUUGAAGAGCAAAAGCUGAGAGAAGCUUCCAUUCAGGAGUCAAACUCAACAACCAACAAAGCUCGCUACAGGCGGGAGCAGGCCCAGCAGAGGAGCGCUCCGUCACUCCCCCUGGUGGAGAACCUGCUGAAGGACAACACAGACGGCUGUGCCCUGACCGCCCUGCUGCACUUCUACUGCCCACAGGCCAUCAGACUGGAAGAUAUCUGCCUCAAGGAGACUAUGUCUUUGGCUGACAGUCUGUACAACCUCCAGCUGGUGCAGGAGUUCUGCAGGAACAACCUCAACCACUGCUGCCACUUCAGCCUGGGGGACAUGCUCUAUGCACAUGCAUCCAUAAAGAGUAACUACCUGGUGUUUAUGGCUGAGCUUUUCUGGUGGUUUGAAGUGGUAAAACCCUCAUUUGUACAGCCCAGAGUCUUCGAUCCAAACGCCUGUGAGCCUGUGUCCUCCUGUAGACAUAUGGCUCCUGUGUCCAGUCCUGUCAAACAGAGCUAUGCAGACAGACCUGACAGCCCAGAGAACAUCCCUUCACAGGGUAUAAUGAAGAGGUGUACCUCCAUGUCCUACGUGGAUGGCUGUGUUGGGACAUGGCCCAAAGAACAUCGCAGCUCCUCCUCACGGGGAAUCUCCUUUGAGAUUCCUCUGGACGGAGAACCCACUCUGCCGUCCGGCGGCAUGACCCGCUCUGCCAGCAGUGACGGCCUGGGGUUCAAAGUUCACUAUGCAUCUCGAGGGAGCAUGAAACGCCACCUCUCCCUCAUGCCUGUUGAUGUAAAUGGACAGAGCAGACACAUACCAGAGGAGGAUGAUGAGUUCACUUCCCAGAAAUCCCUGGGGCGGAACAACACGUUCUGCAUCAAGAACCAAAGCAGGUACUCCAAUGGAGUCCUCCCUGAAAGCAACCAUAGCCACAACGAUCACCAUGGCAACCACAGUGGCCACAUCAGCCCAUCCUCCCCCCCGAGCAUCGAGGAGGCGCUGAAGAUUAUCCACAAUACGGAGAGGCCUCACGCCUGCCUCGGGUCCGGGGACGGAGACGAUGGCUUCUUCCUCCAUGGUGCGGAGCCGUCAGACCCUCCGGGGGCUCACGGUCCAGGAGACGACCUGGGACCAGCUAAGGCUCGGCCAAACGACCACGACCCCAACUCCCUGUCCACCGAUGAAGUGGACACGGGCAUCCACGUGAGGACAGAGGACAUCCAGAGCUUGGAUGAGGACUCCUCCUCUCUGAGAGACUACUCAGAAAUUGACCAAGACUGUGAGGCCAUGACCCAGUCCUGUCCGCUGCCUGACCAGCCGGAGAGGGAGAGGGAGAGGGAGAGGAGCCGGCCCGGAGGAGGGGAGGGGGUCGGUCAGACUAACCCCGAGGGUGGGAGGGGGGACGGUGGGGACAGCCCCUGUCCCAGUACAGCACCCACCAUCCACAGAUCCCACACACUGAGCCCCGCCUCGUCCUGCGGGGGCUCUGGGGCCAUGGUCCGUAUGACGAGCUUUGCAGAGCAGAAGUUCAGGAAGCUGGAGGGAAGGAGCAGCGGAGGAACAACCCCAGAGAGUUCAGACCUCAAUGUGCCGUACACACACCCGCCAAAAAGCCUUUCUGCUCAGAUAUCUACACCCCCUUUGCCAAUCACAUCUCCCUCUCCAGCAACGCCUUCCCCCAGAGACCCCUCCCACCUGAUAGCCACAGAGAUGAUUCAGCUGAGGAUGAAGCUGGAGGAGAAACGUAGAGCCAUUGAAGCCCAGAAGAAGAAGGUGGAAGCAGCGUUCACCCGCCAUCGCCAGAAGAUGGGCAGAACAGCCUUUUUGAAUGUAGUAAGAAGAAAAGGGAUCACUGCCCCCCUCAGCCCCAGCUCAGCGGCAGCAGAAGCCCCUUCCCCAGAGCCACUAUCAGCCUCAAAGGAAACCAGGCAGGGCAGCAUGGAGGGGGCGGAGAGAUGCAAGCCAGAUGGAGCAGCGCCUAGAUCCCCCUGUGAGGAUGGAGCAGGAAUGUCUCCAGGAGAAAUCGACCUUACAGAAUACACGCGCUCCAUCGAUAGGCUGAACACGUCGCUGGGCUUCCUGCAGACAGAGAUGCAGCGUCUGGCCCAGCAGCAGGAGAGGAUCAUGUCCAUGAGAGAGCAACAGCAGCAAUCCUGGGUCAUCCCUCCUCCUGCUCCAUCUCCACACAGGCAGCUCCGUGAGUUGCGCAGCAGCAGUGUUACAGGCCGGGGGUCAGGUCGAGGCUCGGUUGGGUCUUUGUCCCCCAUCCUCUCUUCUUCAGGCUCUCCCCACGCUCCCAACCGUUCCCCUGCUGGCCUAAAGCGGCGGCCGGCCUCCUUCCACGCCAGGACUCCUCGGACUCCACGGCCAAACGAUCUGAAGGUCACGCCCUUCAGUCGAAUGCUCAACACCCAGACCUCAGUGGACAGCCUACCCAGACUGAGGCGUUUCAACCCCAGCCAGAACCAGAACAGCUCGUUUGCUUACCUGGGCCACGAUGAGGGGCCUCCUAAAAACAACGAAAGCACUAAGGACAAAGAAGAGGAUGUGGAGAGGAAGAGUGCUGGCACUCCUCAAGCUACUAAUAUUGAAGCAGCCAAAGAGAGGGAAGAUGAGGGGGAAAGAAAGACUCGUUUGAAGCCAUCAGGCUCCUCAGAGGUGGUGAAGGAGCCUCCAUCUGACCUGAGACCAGCAGGAAGACCUCCCCUUGGUCAGGAGAUGGCGGGAGAGGGAGAGGGAGAGGCAGGAGCAGACAUGUAUGGAGAAGACCAAAAGAUAUGCUGUGGAUUCUUCUUUAAGGAUGAUGUGAAAGGGGAAGAAGACAUGGCAGCAAAGAAAGCAGCUCUGCUGGAGAAGAGGCUGAGGAGGGAGAAGGAGACUCAGGAGAAGAAGCAGGAGCAGGAGCUGGACCAGGAGCAGAAGAGGGAAGCUGCACGGUUGAAAGCAGAGGAGGACCAGCUGAAGAAGGAUGACGAUAAGGCGAGGAAGGAAUACAUCAAAUAUGAAUACUUGAGGAGGAAGCAACUCAAGCUGAUGGAGGACAUGGACGACGUCAUCAAGCCCCGAACAGGAAGUCUCAAGAAGAAGCCGAGACCCAAGUCCAUCCACAGGGACGUCGUGGAGUCUGCGCCCCCCAUGAGAGCGACAGGGGUGCGUCCUCGAGGAUUCUCAGUAUCAAGUGUUUCUUUGGCAUCUCUCAAUCUGGCUGACAAUGACAAGGAUCUGCCAAAUAACAAAAAGAAUAACAGGCCGGACUCUGCAGAAGGCUUUUCUUCUUGUCCUUCGACUAUUAGUCGUAACGGAGAGAAGGAUUGGGAAGAUGACUCCACCACCUCUUCCAAUCCCUCCAACAAUGAGUACACAGGACCCAAACUAUACAAGGAGCCGAGUGCCAAGUCUAACAAGCACAUCAUCCAGAAUGCCCUGGCUCACUGCUGCCUGGCUGGCAAGGUCAACGAAGGGCAGAAGAACAAGAUUCUUGAUGAAAUGGAGAAAUCUGAAGCCAAUAACUUCCUGGUGUUGUUCCGUGACGCGGGUUGCCAGUUCAGGUCUGUGUACACCUACUGCCCCGAGACGGAGGAGAUCACCAAACUGGCCGGCAUCGGGCCGAGGAGCAUCACGACCAAGAUGAUCGAGGGCCUGUACAAGUACAACUCAGACAGGAAGCAGUUCAGUCAGAUCCCAGCCAAAACCAUGUCCGCCAGUGUGGACGCCAUCACUAUCGCCAGCCAUCUGUGGCAAACCAAGAAGCAGGGGACGCCCAAAAAACUACACACUAAGUAGCGCCAGAUGGCCGGCCAAUAUUUGGACAAGCUUCUCUGGAAUUUGUGGAUUUUGCUUUUUCAUUAAAAGGACUCACAAUCCCACUGUCACAAAUCACAACUGGAAUGUAGAACACGAGUGGGCCUCACAGACGUUGUUGUUACAGAGUUGGUUAUUAUGCUCUGGACUACCUUUAUGGGGCACAAGUGUACUCGUCAGCAUGUGUAUUGAUGUUCCCAUGUGCCAAAAAAAGAGAAGAAAAUCAUAGGCGGACCAAUGCCUUACCUAGUUGAACCACUGAAGCACUGAAUGUCACGCCUCAGAAAGAGGCAGUUUGGUUUCUAUAAGUUGUGUGGCCUUAUGCUUGUUUUGUGUCAAAUGGAUGCGCUGUGAGUGUUGUUGUCAUUUGUCAGCGCCUGUUUGAAGAGGUUGUGUGUACUCACAGGUCUGGGAUCAGAUUAUGCCCCCCUCAAACCCAUGUUGUCAAAAGGGUGGUCUGCCUGAUCUGUGAUCAGGUAGAGGAGGAGUUUUUGAUGAGAGUUUCGCUGCUAUUAAGGCGCGUUUUUUUCUUUUUUUACAUGUGACUGAAAAUCGUAUAAACAGCUAAAACUUGUGUAUGUGUGUGUACAGUGAAGUGCCAAGACGAGUGUGAAAAAAACCUCAGUUGGUGAUUGCAAUGACUUUCCAAAAGAGUAUUGAGUACAUGGAGUACUGUACCAUGAAACAAUUCUGGAAAGCACUUGCAAUAUACUCUUAAUUUAUUUCAUUUUGAUAAUGCUUUGAAGACAUUUUAAAAGCGACUUAGAUUUUAUUCAGAGAAACAUAAUUUACAGUACACAUAAAAGGUAAAUUAGUUUGUAUAUGAUCCAUUCAAAACUCCACUUGUAGCUUUUCAGUAGCUUUUUUAAUGUAUCACGUGUGUGUGUCCAUGUGUUGUCGUUUGUGGCCUUUAAUUGUGCUACAAAUGCAAAAAGUGUGAUCACUCACCGUUAUCACUAAUAGGACUAUCAUUAGUAGUAGAAUAGACUGAAUUCCCACUCUGUGUCAGCAGUCUGUGCAAUUUAAGAGUUAUUUAAAUAAUCACCAUUUGACCAUGUUGCAGUUGGAACUAACAAAUACUGAAAAAUACACUUUAUUGUGGACAUUGAUGUAAUUAUUAGAUCAUGAUUACCCUUAAAGUAGUCCACAAUUGUAAAUAAAUGAAUUCACCUAUAGCACUUCAGAUCCUGUCCACUGUCGUUGAGGCGCUUUUGCUUCAGGACCUUCAUGCUUGUUGCUUCACUUUUAUUACUGUUACUUUUUUUAAUCACAGGUUACUUCAGUAUGUGUUGACACUGUACAUAUAUAUAUUUUGGCAUAUAGAAAUAUUUUUUGUAAUGACAUUGAUGUGUUGGAGGUUUGUACUAAUGAACCAGUACAGUUGUUGAAGGGUGCGAGUUAAAAGCAAAGGCAUGGUAUAUAAAGUCUAAACGACUCUUUAUUGUGGUAUUGUAUGCAAAUCCAUUAAGUAUACUGAGAAAAACAUAGUAUUUUUUUCCAACUCUGAAUUCAUUUUUUCUUGCAAUUUACAAAAUAUGCUCAAGUGUUCAUGGAUUUUCAUUGUUUUUCUAUUACUUUGAGCUUAAUUAAAAUGCCAGCUAUCAA